GCAGGCAGCUGCAGCUCAGCCACGCUGCUCUUCCAUUCUUUUCCCUCGGAUCUCCGGAACCUUCCUCGGGAACCCGUCUGGAUCUCGGCGCCCACCAUCACUGUGCUGAAGGCAGCAAGAAGGAGCUGAGAGGACAGCAGGACCACAGACCGUUCAAACUAUGGACAACGGGACCCAGUUUGCUUUGUCUCCAACCGGCCUCAACGUGACCAACGGCAGCCGCUCGGUUCGCUGUUCCCGUGACAACGUGCUGAAGACGGUGGUGUUCCCUGUACUCUAUUCCUUCCUCUUCAUCCUCUGCCUGCUGCUCAACGGCUUGGCCGCUCGCAUCUUCCUCAAAAUCCCCACCAGGUCUCACUUCAUCCUCUACCUGAAGAACGUCGUGGUGGCAGACCUGCUCAUGACCUUCACCUUUCCGUUCAAGAUCUUGUCCGACUCCAACGUGGCCUCCACGUCUCUGCGGAUCUUCGUAUGCCGCGGGUCUUCGGUGCUCUUCUACCUCACCAUGUACAUCAGCAUCCUCUUCUUUGGCCUCAUCAGCGUCGACCGUUGCCGCAAGACUCUGCGGCCGUUUGCCAAAAGCGGCGCCGCCAGCAUGGGGCGCCACAAGGUGCUCUCUGGCUUCAUCUGGAGCUUCCUGCUCGCCCUCUCGCUGCCCAACGUCAUCCUGAGCUCCCGUCCACCCGCCUCGACCCACUUCAAGUGCAGCGACCUCAAGAGCGAGUCGGGCCUCCGCUGGCACGAGGUGGUCAACCACAUGUGCCAGGUGAUCUUCUGGGGCAACCUGGCCCUGGUGGUGGUCUGCUACGGCCUCAUCUCGCGGGAGCUGUACAGCUCCUACGCUCGCACCCGGGCCGGUCGCGCCAGGACGCAGCCCAAGGAGAAGAAGGUGAGGGCCAACGUCUUCCUGGUCAUGGGCGUGUUCUUCGUCUGCUUCGUGCCUUUACACUUUGCCCGCGUUCCGUACACCAUGAGCCAGACGCGCAACAUGUUCGACUGCAGACUCCGCCUCUUCCUGUUCCAGCUGAAGGAGAGUACGCUCUGGCUGUCCUCGCUCAACUCCCUGCUCGAUCCUCUCAUCUACUUCUUCCUCUGCAAGUCCUUCAGGAUGAAGCUCUACGGCACCCUCCGCCUGCCGCUGGAGUCCUUCUGGACACGGGAGGACGGUGCCGGUCCACACACGGGCCUCUCGGACCUCUGAAGAGGACGGAGCUGCGACCUGGGACAAAGGAGCCUUUUGGGUUUUCCACCGGAAUGGACAAACUGAGCACACGGGCAGAUCACGACCGUCUGUAACCGCGGCCUCGGAAAUGCUGGUGACGGAACAUGUGUGCAGCACAACGUCCGUGCGCCAUCGCGGCGGGAGGGACAGCCGACCACCCCCUGUUCCCCAGAGCGCCCCCUGUUGCUGAGCGUAGCACCAUUCAGGGCUCCUUUCCACGGCCUUGACUGCCACAAGUGUGGAGGAAUGCAGGAGCCCUGGGGGUUUACACACACACA